AUGCGUCGUGUGUGCGCUGACCAAGCCACACAAGAUGCGGGGAAGGCUAUCACGUAUCAAGGACUUAACCGCGUGACGAUCAUGGAGACUGGUGCUCAUGAGACGCUGGUGAAGGAGCCCCAAAAGGUCAAGUUGACUCCACGUCUGAAGGAUUACGGUCGUGAAAUGGUGACGCAAGGCCUCAAGCCCUCUCGAAUUCGCAAUGGAAUGGCUCGACGAUUUGGAUUUACUGAGUCGGGGUUGCCGACGCUGCGUCAGGUGCAAUGGUUCGUCAGCAGCUAUUCGAAGAAGAAUCUCCACCGCAAUGACGACUAUGGCGAAAUCCUGAGCCAAAUCCAUCAGCUGGCGUAUGGUUCGACCGUCUCGGACACGAACCCAUUUUCGUUUGGUUGGAAACGUGAUGGCCGCGGCAAACCAGAUGGGGGGAACGGCUAUGACGAAAAACCAUAUUUAGUUGGGCUGACAACUAAACGUCUUUUACUGAAUGCGGCUCGCGACCCGGAGUCGUUCGUUUUCCACGUGGAUGCCACCUUCAAGUUGAACCAAGUCGGGUAUCCUGUCAUCGUGUGUGGGAUCUCUGACAAGUGUCGCUCAUUUCACCUCAUAGCACUUUUCAUUACGUCGCAACGCUUGGAGGACAUUUACGUGACGGUGCUGACUGAACUGCGCAGGAUUUUUGCUUCAGUGUCGGGUGGGCGUCAACUGGUGGUCAAGUUCGUCAUGGUCGAUGCUGAAGCUGCUCAACAGAACGCAGAGGUACGCGUCUUCGUUCACGAAAAACUGGUGAGUGUACCUGAUCGAUUACGUGACCAGGUGAUGGCGGACGUUUACGACCUGCAUUUUGCGGCUAGCCAAGAUGUCUAUGACGAACAAGUGAAAACGAUUCUAACGAGUUGGUCAGACGAAGAGCAGAUGGUAUGGUUCCGAGUCUAUUUCGAACGCACGUGGGUGACGAGCGCGUUUUGGCGAUGGCAAUGCUUUUAUACACCUAGUGGAUACGCCACCACAAACAAUCCGGUGGAACAGUUUAACCAUUUGAUCAAGCGUGACUACACACUGCGGGCCAAACAUAAGAUCGGGACGCUGAUCCAGUUGCUGGCGGAUUGUUGCGGACAUCAGUCAGUGACUCCAAGAAUCUUCAAGGAAUCCCCUGAGGCCACCCAACAGUUAAAUACAAGGGUUAAGGAUUUUCACCGCCGCGAUCUUCUUGUGGACAUAACUGCGAGCCGAUCCAGUAUCGAGUUUCUACUUGUUUCCCCCAACCCAGACGUGGUUAGGGUGGCUGGAACGUGGAUUUGA